AUGUUGAUGGCCUCUGCUGCAAGAAGCAGCACGCCGCAGCUUCUCCUGUUCCUUUACGCUGGCUGCGUCCCCCUUUUCAUGUCGAGUAAUGCUCCUCAGCAUCUCGUAGCAGCUGCCAACUCGCCGUUCUCCUUCAGCUUCGACUUCUCCACCAUAUCCACCUCCCGCUUAGAAGACCUCCAACUCGAGGGCGAUGCGGCCCAGCACGGGAAGUUAGUCGACCUGACCUGCUACUCUCUCACGCAGAGAAUCCCCUACGGCAACUGCACGGGGCGGAUGGUGUACGCUCACCCGGUGCCCUUCUAUGACAGUACCACCGGUGAGGUGUCGAGCUUCACCACGCGGUUCACCUUCGCGAUCGGGCCCAACGCCGGUGGCGGCAAGGAGGGUGGCAUGGCUUUCUUCCUCUCCAGCUACCCUUCAAGAUUGCCACCAGACUCAAGCGGGGGCGACCUUGGUCUCCCUGGUAAUGACGGCCUGAGCCAAGCCUAUGGCACAGACCGGUUCAUCGCCGUUGAGUUCGACACAUUGAGCAACACCUGGGAUCCAAGGGGCACCCAGGACCAUAUCGGCAUCGACAUCAACACUGUUAGGCAGUCGGUUAACACGACAAGCUUGCCCACCUUCAGCUUGAACGGCUCUAUGACGGCGUCCAUCACCUUUGACAGCAAUACCAAGAUGCUUGUCGCCUCCCUGCAGUUUGAUGACCGUCCUUCUGUCGGCCCUGUUGAGGUAAGCACCAUGUUGCCAGAUCCCGUCACGUCCUUGCUACCGUCGGAGGUGGCAAUUGGGUUUUCUGCGGCCACCGGUGAAUCCUUCCAGCUCCAUCAGAUACUGUCAUGGUCCUUCAACUCAACUCUUGCAACUCACGCAGCAGGUAGCGAAGCUGAUAUAACAGUGAUUAUUAACGGAACAGUAGCUGUUCUGUAUGUGCUAGGCAUGCUUUGGUGCAUAAUUUCAGGUUGGUCACAUGGUAGGUGGAGAGUCAAAAGAAAUUCCUUAGUGUUGGGAACAACCGGACUUAGGCGAUUUGAGCACAGAGAGUUGGCCAGGGCAACAAACAAGUUCUCGGAGAAAAGCAAGCUUGGAGUCGGUGCCUUUGGUGCAGUAUAUAAGGGGAGUUACAAGGAUGAGGAAGGCAGGCAAUUAGAAGUUGCUGUGAAGAAAAUAAAGCAGACUGCAGGAAGGGAUUUCAGCGACGAACUCAAGACGAUUAGUGCAACGAGGCACAUGAAUCUAGUCGAGCUGAAAGGUUGGUGCUGCAGCCGAAACAAAUCAGCCUGUGUCGGUUUCUGCUGUUGCGGUUGUCGGCAAAAGGUCAAAUGUUUCCUUGUAUAUGAAUUGGUACCUAACGGCGACCUGGAGUACCACCUGAAGAAUGUUCUACCAUGGGAGAAGAGGUACAAAAUAGCAAAGGGGAUAGGGUCUGGUAUAACUUAUCUCCACCACGGAUGCAAGCGGUGCAUCUUGCACAGAGAUAUCAAACCAAGCAACAUACUCUUGGACAAUGAGUUCAACCCCAAGCUUGGUGACUUCGGGCUAUCGAGGAUCACUGACAAGGAUAGUACCAUGCUGAUGACAACUGCUGUCGGGACGUUGGGGUACAUGGAUCCACAAUGCAUUAAAGAUGGGGAGGUAGAGUACAACUGUAGGUCCGACGUCUACAGCUUUGGAAUUGUUCUACUAGAGAUUGCAUGUGGAAAGAAGCCCAGGGAGCAAAUCCAGCUGGAGGAGCUGAGGAGCAGCGGAACUGAAGCCCAGUUUCUGGAGAAUGUCGCUGAUGCCAAACUAAAUGGCGACUAUAACAUGAAAGAGAUGCAGCGCAUGGUUUUCCUGGGACUCAGGUGCUCUCACCCAGUUAGGCAACAACGUCCUUACAUGAAGGAUGCAAUGAAAUACCUGGAGGACGGCAUAGAGUUGCCUGCUAUAACUGAAAGACAGAGCCACCAGGGUGCAUAUGGCACUAUUUGCUCUGACGAGCAGGCACUUAUGUCACCUAGUGCUGUGUCUUCCUGUUAGUCAAUCUCAGCUAGCUGCGCCAUUGAUUCAUGGGUCGACACUUUCUCAUGCCUCAUCCAAGCGUGUGUGUUUCUCAUAUGCACACAUCUAUCGCUUGCAAUGCAACUUCCUUUACCGUUGUAAU